AUGUCUUCCGCUCGUGUUGCACAUCAACGAACUCCACUUCAACCAACACUAUCAUUACCUAAAACAGUUUCUCGUAUUCCAUCUAAUCAUCGUUCUGUUGCUGCUCCAAGAUUUUUACCUAUUCUUCAAGCGCCACAAUUUCCAAAAACAGCCGAUUUAAUUAAUGAAAACAAAAAAAAACAAAAACAAAAGAAAACAAAUGAUCAUUCAUCAACAUUAGAUAAUGAUCAAAAUAAAAAAGUACCAGAACAAGUAUUAGUUCGAGCUCCAAAAGUGAAUUUAAGACAAAGUUAUUCUAAUCAACCAUUAGCACGUCGAUCUUCUCGACCUAUUCGAAAUUUCGAACCACAAUAUUUAUAUAUUUAA